AUGACCGGCGCAACUCUGCAAGCAAUCCGCUACCAGCGCGGGUCCCUCGAGAUCAUCGACCAGCUCCUCCUCCCUCACGAGACCCUCUACAUUCCCAUCUCAACCCUCGCUCUCGGUCAUGACGCGAUCAAGACCAUGAAGGUCCGAGGCGCUCCCGCCAUCGCCAUCGUUGCAGCCCUCUCUCUCGCCGUCGUCCUUGUCGACCCUUCCACCGUCGCCUCUGGCCGUCUCUUGACCGCCCAGGGAGCCGUUGUCUUUAUUGAGGAAUCCCUCGAGUUCCUUAAGACGUCUCGUCCUACUGCUGUGAACUUGUUUGAUGCGGCUCACAAGUUGGCCAAGGGUGUGAGGGAGGCUGGUGCGAUUGCUAGUGCCAAGGGACAGGAUGUUGUUGACAAGUAUUUGGAGCUUGCGGAAAAGAUGCUGGAGGAUGAUGUGAAGGAUAAUAUGAACAUUGGUCGGUUUGGAGCAGAGUUUAUCUUGAAGGUUUGGAAGGGUGGAGAUGACCUUAGGGUUAUUACGCACUGUAACACUGGAUCGUUGGCUACUGCAGGAUACGGAACGGCUCUCGGAAUCAUCCGCGCAUUGGCAGGACAGAACAAAUUGACUCACGCCUACUGCACUGAGACCCGUCCCUACAACCAGGGCUCCCGCCUGACCGCCUACGAACUCGUCUACGAAAGGAUCCCUUCGACCCUCAUCACCGACUCGAUGGCCUCUGCCCUGCUCGCCCAGAACCCUGACAAGAUCGCCGCCAUCGUCGUCGGUGCCGACCGUGUGGCCGCCAACGGCGAUACUGCCAACAAGAUUGGAACCUACCAGUUGGCUAUUACUGCCCGCUACCAUAACAUUCCUUUUAUUGUUGCUGCGCCCUCGACCUCGGUGGAUUUGAACAUUGGUUCGGGUAAGGAGAUCCAUAUUGAGGUCCGUCCUGCGGUUGAAGUCACAACGUUGAGGGGUCCUGUUGUUGAAGUCGAGUCGAUCUCCAAGGGAUCUAAUGAUGUUGUUUUCAAGACUCAUAACGGACAGGAUGUGACGGAGACGAUUGCUGUUGCAGCAAGGGGGAUUGGUGUUUGGAACCCUUCGUUCGAUGUCACGCCUGCGGAGCUCAUCUCGGCUGUUGUCACUGAGAAGGGUGUUGUUCUCAAGGAGGACGGUGUCCAGACGUUUGACAUGAAGACCUUCUUGACCUCCCACUAA